AUGGACUCGGUCGUCCUCCUGCUGUCGGUCGUGUGUUUGGGCGUCUCCUCCCAGCAGAUCACAGACAGCCAGCGUUUGUUCUCCAUUGCAGUCAACAGAGUCACUCACCUGCACCUGCUCGCCCAGAGACUCUUCUCGGACUUUGAGAGCUCUCUGCAGACGGAGGAGCAACGUCAGCUCAACAAGAUCUUCCUGCAGGAUUUCUGCAACUCUGAUUACAUCAUCAGCCCGAUCGACAAACACGAGACGCAGCGCAGCUCGGUCCUGAAGCUGCUGUCGAUCUCCUAUCGACUGGUCGAGUCCUGGGAGUUUCCCAGUCGCUCUCUGUCUGGAGGUUCCUCUCUGAGGAACCAGAUUUCACCAAGGCUGUCUGAGCUUAAAACGGGAAUCUUGCUGCUGAUCAGGGCCAAUCAGGAUGAAGCAGAGAAUUAUCCUGACAGCGACGCCCUCCAGCACGCUCCUUACGGAAACUAUUAUCAAAGUCUGGGAGGCAACGAAUCGCUGAGACAAACUUAUGAAUUGCUAGCUUGCUUCAAGAAGGACAUGCACAAGGUGGAGACCUACCUGACGGUGGCUAAAUGUCGACUCUCUCCGGAAGCAAACUGCACUCUGUAA